UGUGCGACGUUUCCCGCCGACGUCACAGCUGUGCGGGCAUUCGACCUUUGGCGACUGACAAAGGAAUUGAGAGAAACCAAACAUUUGAACAAUGUGAGAGGAAUAUAUGGAGGACAGACACCAAACAGACUGGGCAGAUCCGGCGAAAUUACGAACACGUGGCGAGACGUGAAGCGGGCGUUGAGCCUGCUGUGCAUAAAGAAAUUUUCCGGCAGCGCGACAAUGCUGGAGGCGCCGCCUGGAAGUCGUGAGGAUCUCGUAGAGGCGGCAAGAACUCCAUGUACACCUACUGAUCUGGACACGAUGCUGUAUGGAUACACUAAUAGCAUAUACGUGCUGGACCACACGCCCGAAUCCUUGCCGGACAUGGAUAUGCUGCAACUGUUCGCGUCUCCAGCAGGUCGAGCGUUGCUCACGAGCGACAAUCGGCCAAGGGGAUCGACGUCGACCUCCUCCUUGUCUCGAGACUCCUCGUCGAGGCUGAAGAGCGGCAGAAGAUCAUCGGGCACCGUCAGCGCACCAACGUCGCCACCGAGACGGCGAAAAUCGAGCGCGGAACUCUAUAAGGAGGCAGUCGAGAUUCUCGGCCUCACUUGCUCAUUAACCGAUAGUUGCCGAUGCAUCGAUUGCCAGAGCAACUACUUCGACUGCGAAGACGAUUGUGGCGAUGGUACGGAAUUGGCAGCGGGCACUCCCAUUUUAUUGGACCACGCUCUGUCGCAUCAUCUGACUGUGUGUUCCAUACAGUAGCAGGCGACCAGCAGACAAAGACUUCGAAAUCGACCCUCUGUUAAUCCGCUCUGCCACAUAUUCCAGAAGAGGAGAAUAACGCCAAUGGCGUGUUGACUUCUUCCGGCAAUUGCGCAACAUUCGCGUUAAAAUCAGCGGAAAUCAGAGACUGACGAGAGCGAACAGAGCGGCAACGAUAUUACACAGCAAUCGAACAUAUAUGACAGGAAAAUGGAGUAAUUUAUUUUUUUGUUUCGUAAAGUUCACGCAAAUAUACAAUAUAUAU